AUGGACAUGGGGAUCCUAGGCGGGCAGGGGUGGUGGAUGGCCCGCGCAGUGCACGGAUCGGCCGCUCUGGCGAAGCACGCGCACGUGGCGGGCACGCACAGCUUCGGCUGGAAGCGCAAGGACAGGAAGCACAAGCCCUGGAUGGGCGACCCUCGCCAGUACAACGCCAGGAAGUACGGGAAGCUGGACACCCACGCGAAGUGGCAGAAAUACGUCCGAUCACGCGAUGAGCACCUGGAGAGGAUCAAGGAGCGGCUCGACGAGCACGUCGUAGCCACCUGCAAGGCGCGGGGACUGCGCAUCAGCCACAAGAAGCUCAACGCGCCCUGCACCAUGAUCCGCGGUCUCCACGUCGACGACGCCCUGGUGCAGCUCGCCGCCACGCCCAAGAAGGCCGCGCAGAUGCUCCACACCGCCGUCCUCUCCGCCAAGGCCAACGCGGUGAACAACCACGGCCUGAAGCCGUGGAAGCUGUUCGUGUACCGCGCCGACGUGGGCCGCGCGACGCCGCUGAAGCGCAUCCGCCUGCACGGCCGCGGCAAGUUCGGCCGCAUGGAACGCUACCGCGCGCACCUGCGCGUGGUGCUCAAGGAGGGCAACACGCGGCCCGUGACCAAGGUGCUGCCGCCGAUGCUGUUGCGGGAGCGGCUCGCGCGAGAGGAGGGCGAGGGCGACGAGGGCGGCGAGGCGGAGGGCGGAGAGGAGGGCGAGGCGCCGGGAGACGUCACGCCGGCGCACGUGCAGAAGCGGAAGCCUGUGCAGCCGCGGCGGGCGGUGGUGUGGUGA